AUUUUAGUUUUUCUUUGUUAAGUUUUACAUUUUAUAUUUCUCUAUGAUAUCAAGUUUGCUAUUUCGACAUUGCAAGCGUGUACUCCUGCUAACACGUCAAAGAAGAAUGUCUGUGGAAGCAAUGGCUUCAUCUGGCAAGGGGGAAGGGAAGCAAGGGAAGAAGAAAAAGGACAAAAAAGGAGGAGGAGGAGGAGGAGGAGGGGCUCAACAACAUGAGCUGAAUCCAUGGCCAGAAUACAUUCAGAAUAGAAUUGAUCUGUUUGAUAGACUGAAGGCUGAAGCUGAUGCUCAAUUUGCAGCCAAGGUUCCUGCACCAAUCAAAGUUACAUUACCUGAUGGUAAGGUAGUUGAUGGUCAGUCAUGGCGUACUACUCCAUAUGAAAUAGCUCAAUCUAUUAGCCAAGGACUUGCAGACAAUGCAGUGAUUGCCAAGGUGAAUGGUGUGCUAUGGGAUCUUGAUAGACCGUUUGAAGAAGACAGCAAGCUUGAGCUUCAUAAGUUUGAUAGCGAAGAAGGACAACAGGUGUUCUGGCAUUCCAGUGCUCAUAUGUUGGGUGAAGCUAUGGAAAGAAAGUAUGGAGGGUGUCUAUGUUACGGGCCUCCCAUUGAGAAUGGAUUCUACUACGAUUCAUUCCUUGAUGGACAGCAAGUAUCAAGCAAUGAUUUUGAUAGCAUCAACCAGAUUGUAAAAUCUAUUCAGAAAGACAAGCAGCCUUUUGUUAGACUUGAGAUGACCAAGGAAGACCUGCUCAAGAUGUUUGAAUAUAAUGAAUUCAAGAGACGUAUCAUCUCAGAACGUGUUCAAACUCGCACUACCACAGUGUAUAGGUGUGGGCCUCUGAUCGAUCUGUGUCGUGGUCCUCAUGUUAGACAUACUGGAAAAGUGAAAGCCUUUGAUGUUGUCAAGACUUCUUCCACAUAUUGGGAGGGUAAGGCUGAUAAGGAGAGUUUACAGAGGAUCUAUGGCAUUUCAUUCCCUGAUAAUAAACAGCUGAAGGAAUGGAAACACUUUCAAGCAGAAGCUGCCAAGAGAGACCAUAGGAAGAUUGGCAGGGAACAAGAGUUGUUUUUCUUCCAUGAGCUGAGUCCCGGCAGUUGUUUCUUCCAACCCAAAGGAGCAUUCAUCUACAACACACUGAUUGACUUUAUCAGGUCUGAAUACAAGAAGCGUGGAUUCCAGGAAGUAGUUUCACCAAACAUCUACAACAGUAAGCUGUGGAUAACAUCAGGUCACUGGCAGCAUUAUGAUGAUAACAUGUUUCAGUUUGAUGUUGAGAAGGAGAGGUAUGCUCUCAAGCCUAUGAACUGCCCUGGUCAUUGUUUAAUCUUUGACACUCGUCCACGUUCUUGGAGAGAGCUGCCUCUGAGAAUGGCUGACUUUGGUGUGCUACAUCGUAAUGAACUAUCUGGCGCCCUCAGUGGUCUGACCAGAGUAAGACGUUUCCAGCAGGAUGAUGCUCAUAUCUUCUGUCCUCAAGAUCAGAUUGAGCAAGAGAUUGCUGGAUGUCUAGAUUUCUUGUCAUCUGUAUACAGUGUGUUUGGCUUCACGUACAAACUAGCCUUGUCUACUCGACCCGAGAAAUAUCUUGGAGAGAUUGAAGUCUGGGACAGUGCUGAGAAGCAACUUGAGAAUAGUUUGAAUAAAUUUGGAGCUGAAUGGAGAAUAAACCCUGCUGAUGGAGCCUUCUAUGGACCAAAGAUUGACAUCACGAUUCAGGAUGCUCUUCGUCGUUCUCAUCAAUGUGCAACUAUCCAGCUUGACUUUCAGCUUCCUAUUAGAUUCAAUCUCAAGUAUUCAGCUGCUGAUGGAACUGAGAAGAGGCCUGUUAUCAUUCAUAGAGCUAUCUUAGGAUCAGUAGAACGUAUGAUUGCUAUCCUUACUGAGAACUAUGGAGGAAAAUGGCCAUUCUGGUUAUCGCCUCGUCAGUGUAUUGUAAUUCCUGUCGGUCCUGCCUUCAAUGACUAUGCUGUAUCAGUCAAGGAUAAACUUCAUCAAGGAGGAUUCUGUUGUGAGGUAGAUACUGAUGCAGGAGAUACCAUGAACAAGAAGAUACGCAACGGUCAACUUGCUCAGUUCAACUUCAUCCUCGUUGUUGGUGAGAAGGAGAAGACGAACGGAACAGCCAAUGUUCGUACCAGGGAUAAUCAGGUCCAUGGUGAGAAGUCUAUAGAUGAUAUCAUCAAGAGAUUUAGUCAUCUCAAGGAAACCAAGAGUCCUAACAGUGAAGAACCAUUCUAAAGACACCUGUCUAUUGAUACCUACGGUAGACUCACAUCAUGCAGCCAAUGAGUAAUUGAUUGUUUCGGAGGCGGGUCCAGCUGGGUUAGAUGCAGUAACAUUCUGUCCGUCAUAUUGUUUGUAUCAACAAUGCCAUCUGGAGUUUGUAUCUAUGUAAUAUUUAAACAAGAUGUUGUUUUCCCUAACAAAAUACACCAGCAUUUUCAAGUCGAUUACCAUUUGAACACCUACAAAAUAAGAAACUUGCCCUUUCAAUGUUAAAUAAUAAGAAAGUAAGCGAUGAAGCAAUGCCUUGCUGUUUAUUAUAAAUUCAUAUAGAAGCAUUUCCAAGCUUUCCGUGAGAAUCGUUCUUAGUGGCAAUGCUGGGCCCUUUCAAAAUGAGCGUCUUAUCCGUUUCUUGGUUGUCUGAUGUAGAUGGGUCCUAUGAGUCCAAAGAUCACAUUCUUUUGUGUAUGUACUUAAAUGUACUAUCUAUUUUUGUCAGUUGAAAUUUUUUAUUGAUUGCAGAAAACUUUUCACUAUCAACUGGAGUUGUGGGCCUGUGGGCCCUCCAUAAAAUAGUCCACCUUUUUUGGAUGUUCAACCCUAAUUUUUCUCCCCUAUAUUUUUUGUCAUUUCAUGAACUGUUCAAUCCACGAUAAUUUGAGAGCAUUAGAACUUUUCAUAAUGGACAAGAAGUAAGGAGCUGGAUGAACCUAUUUUAUGGCAUUUUGUCAUAUUAAAUAUGAAAAUAAUUAUAACUUGGAUUCAAAUUUGAACUCUGUCCAGUAAUUCAGUGUUAUAUUUAUUAAUGAUUUAUUUAUGUUGUUAUCUAGUAACUAAUAGAUAAUAGACUUUUAUUUUUUGUGAGAUCUUUUAUGGACUUGGUAUUUUAGAUAAAGAGGAUAAUAACAUGUUGGCAACUAUUUCAAAAAUUUAAAGAUCUAGGAAAAUAUGUCCAGUAGUAAGGUGAGAUGAUACUUAAACAUUUUUUUUCAGCUGAAAUGAAAAUUCUUGAAUGUUAUUAGUAAAAUGAUUACUUUAUAACUCCUUUUUACUUCAAAUAUUCUCACGUGUGUGAAUCCAAUCAUUUGUAAUAUGUACCCAAUGUUCAUUUACCGUCAUGUUAUCACUGUUUUACAUAUGUCUCAAGAGACCAUAUUCUAUUAAAAUAAUAUGUUUUAAUAUUUCAUUGAGACUGACUCAAAUGUCUUCAAUCUCACAAAAUUUAAGUCUUCAACUGACUCACUCUAUUACUUACAUAUUGUUCCAUUUUAGUAUGAACAAAAUAAAUUCAUUUGUUUACAUUUCAUAGCCACAAAACAAAAGUUGAAUUUAAAAGCGCUUAUCAUGAAAAAGGUUUAUGUCCGCUGAGAUUUUCUUUUUCCUGCAAACACCGAUAGUCACACCAGAGAACCUGACUCCAAACAGAGUGAUUGUCAUUUGUAAUAAAAUAAUAGCUUUGGUAUAAGGCUUCCUUUUCUGAGAUUUGUAUAGAUUUUUUAAGAACAUGAUGAUAGACAUAAUUCUGUGUUGAAUGGAAUUGCAGCCAUAAUUGUGCAAUGAACUUUGUUAAAGUCAGUGUAAAAUUCAAUUUGAUUCAAUAUUAUGAUAAUAAUGUAUUUGUCUUAGUUUUCUUUCCAGAGAUGACAAAUGUACCAUAGUCACUGUAGUGCAAAUUCAAAAUUUACUAGAAAAAUGAUCUUAAUUGAGAAUGCAAAAAAAAAUAAUCCUGAAUAAAUUAUUGUAUUUAAGCCUUAAUAGUACAUAUCUUAUACAUUAAAAGGACACACAAGGAAUAAAUUGUUUUAGAGGUCACAAUUAACAUAGACUGGAAAUGCUUUAAUGUUAUUUCCUCACUAUCAUUUUGUUGUGUUUUAUGAAGAAAGUGCCUUUUCUUUAAAGUCAAACUCUCUGCCAACUGUUUCAUUAUUUAGCAAGAUAUAUCUCCAGACAAAUACAUGUACACAGAAUUGUUUUGUGUUGUGAAGCAUCGAUGAAUGUUCUUUUGAAAAAAAUGUUACAUUGCUUGUUAUAUUAAAAGAGAUGUGUAAACAUGUAGAAAUUGGUAUGUGCUAGGUAUUUAACCAGAUCACAGGUCCUUUUGAGCAAGUACAUGUAUGCCAGUUUCAUCCAAAUCCUCAUGGCAGAAUUCUUCUUCCUACAAAUCUUGUGAAUUGUGAGACUAUCCUCAAGUAAAAUGUGAUAUUUUUGCAUCAUUGGAAAGGGAAACACUCUUUGAUUCUAGUCACUUAUUCUGAUACCCUCAAACUGAAUUUUCUUUGUUUUAUCCUGCAAAUUGUGCUAUUUUUUUCUGAGCGGGAAUACUAAUCAUAUCAUCAUGAAGCUCAGUCUGUUCUUUCUCACAAUGUCACUCUCGAUAUAUGGCAUCUUUUAAUCGGGUCAAGAUCACACUUUUCACUUCAAGAUACAAGAUGAGAUUGAGAAAAAAAAUCUGAGUAGUAAGAAAUCCAGCGUUUUGAUCGAUUGAAUUAGGUUUCAAAACAGCAGGCUCGUUAGACAUGCCGAACCAUUCCAGUCAUGCAUAUACCUCUGAUUAAAGCCAAUUUUUGAGGACCUGCCUACUGAAUGAAUUAUGAUUAUAUAAUUGGAUGACUUCUGUACAUGUACAAUGAAAACAUAAUAUAGAAUUGCCAAGCUUUAUACCAUGGUUUUUCUCAAAAAGUUAAGUGCAGACUAAUCCUUGGGGGAACAUUCCUUUUCUCGAUUCUUCUGGAUUACAAUUCUGUGUUUUCCUCUUUUAUUUAUUUGAAUAAGAAUAUAAUUGUUGGUGUCGGGGUAGCAUAUGUAAGACAUGUACAUUUCUUCAUUUUGGUUUUUGUUUGGAAAAUCUUGUUUUUAAAUUGCAAUAUUGUAUUCCUUGAAUGCUACAUUGUAAAAACCACUAGCUCAGUGAUAACAGAAUUACGUAUUAAAUGUAUAAGAA